CACACACAGAGAGAUUUAAGAACGCGAAAGCGCGUAAAGCUAUCACGGAGUUAUUAUCGAGACACUCAAGGAAGUGAUCGUCGAUCGAUGUUAAUGAAGAACGACCGCUUUCAAGAGAUAUUUUUGCGCAGAUUUAACUUCUCUUCCGCAGGCAGGAUAUACACUGGUGAAGGGAUACAGAUGCAGUUUUCCAUGAUAAAAAGAAGUAGAGAGAGAAGAAGAGAGAGGAGUUGGGUUAUUGAUUAUUGCGCGUGGAAUCAUUCAGCAUAAAUCGAAUGAAGAAAAUAUUAAUAGUAAAUUAGAUAAAAGUGAUGGCAGAAAUAGUGACAAUAAAGUGAUGGCAGAAAUAGAGUGGGGGAAAGAUUAAAGAUCGGACUAGUGCAAAUUCGUUUACAUACAAAAGGACGUGUCAGUCUUGAAUAUUAUUAACGAGAAAGAAAUCUUUUUAAUUGCUCAGUCGGAUUACUAGUCUACGGAUUCAACGGAAUCGAAUCAAUGGAUUCAAACAUGGAGAUAAUAAGAAUAACGAUUUCAACAGAUGCCUUUUUAUCAGAUUUAAAGGAAAUGCCUUCCUUAAAAAUUGGAAACCGAUUGAUCGAGCUCGAGAUAGGACCUCCCAGUCCAGAAUUGCAGGAAGUAGCCAAAAAGGAGCUCAGGGAAAGUCCUGAAGUUCAAAAAGAAGCAAUAGCACGCUUCAAGGAAUUAUUAAAAGCGGAGACGAAUCUCAAAUGCCCAUUGGACAACGAGGCCUGGCUGAUCAGAUUUUUGAGGCCAUGCAAGUAUUAUCCCGAGUCGGCGCUCAAACUCGUCAAGCAUUAUUAUAGCUUCAAGAUGAAGCACGCAAAUAUAUACGAAAAUCUCAAAGCGAGCAGAGAGAAGAACAUAUUCGAUCAAAACAUCCUGACGGUGCUGCCUAUUCGCGAUCAGCACGGCCGACGCAUGCUGAUAAUCGAGCUCGGCAAGAAGUGGAAGCAUCAGAAAUGCAGCCUGGACGAGGUCUUUAAAGGAUGCGUAUUAUAUCUGGAAACUGCCAUUCUUGAGCCGAGCACGCAGAUCGCCGGCACGAUCGUUAUUUUCGACAUGGACGGUCUCACUCUCCAGCAAGCGUGGCAGUUCACCCCGCCGUUUGCCAAAAAAAUAGUUGAUUUGAUUCAGGAUGCGGUGCCAUUGAGAAUAAAGAACUUACAUGUCAUUAACCAACCAUACGUGUUCAAUAUGGUGUUUGCUUUGUUCAAGCCAUUCCUACGGGAGAAGUUAAAGAGUAGAAUAAUCUUCCAUGGCACUGAUCGAAAAUCAUUGCAUCAAUACAUAUCGCCGAAAUGUUUGCCGGCGCAUUAUGGCGGUACCAUGGAGGUCCCUUUAAUAGAUGGACCAACAUGGUAUGAACUUCUAGUCCAGUGUGACAAGGAAUACGAAGCUAUCAAUUCGUAUGGUUAUAAAAAGAAAUAGCUCUUCGUUAAAUUUAUUAUUAUUGAAAAUAAGUAUUUGGAUUUAAACUUGGAUUUAAACUUGGGGAAACGAUUAGAGAAAUGAUAUUUUGCGAUGCAAAGUAUCAAGUUAGAAAUAAUUACGAUGAUCAUUUUUAUUCACUCGUUGAAAUCAAUGAUCCAAAUAUUGCUCACUAUGUAAUUUUAUUUAUAACAUGUUGUUGCGUGAGUCUUUUCUCACUUCUUCUGUUAAACAGUAGCCUUAAUAGAUUGCCAAUUUAAAUUUAAGCGAAAAGUUGCGAAAAAUAACAAUGCGUUGUUAUCAUGUAUUUCUUGUACUUUCUUUACAAUUUUGAUACUGCAAGAAUUACGAUUUAUUAGGUAACAGUGAUCUCAUCUGAGGUUUAUAGUCUUUUUGUCACCCCUACAAUUAUGCGUGAUAAGAUUAUUAUACAUUCCAUAGAUUUCUUACUAGUGCAUUACAUUAAUGUGGUAUAAUUGUUGGCCAUAGAUUACAUAUACAGUAAACACCAAUGAUCUUAGAAUAAAUAUUUAAUUUAUGAAAUAAAAAGAAUUUUUUAACUUGCGAGAACAGAAGAAAAUAUCAUAUUUUAAAAUAUUUUUUACGCAUAGGAGAUGUGUUAAAAAAUAUAGCAUUCUUGUGAUUUAGCGCGAGGGAGAUUUUAUUAUUUAUUUAAAACCGUAUACACAAAUUAAUGUAUUUAGAUAUAUACAAUAAUUGUGCAUUUGGUAUAUAAUUUUUUGGUGCAAAAAUAAAUUUGUAUUAAAAAAUUGUUAUCGAUUUGAUAUGUAAUAAGUUAAUUACAUUAAAUGAUUAUAUUAAAUUACAUCUAAAUGAAAAUAUACAUAUCUAUCAUUUGUUAAUCACUAAUACACGAUUUUAUAUUGAUAAAACAAUGAAAAAUAUUAUAAUUGGAUUCUUGAACAUUUAUGUAAAUAUUACAAAAAAAAAUUGUAAUUCUCAUUUACGUAAAUUUUAUAUCAUCAAUUUAAUAUUAUCUGAUAUCCUCUCUCUCUCUCUCUCUCUCCUCCUCCCCCUUCUCCUCCUCCUCCACAUUGAAAUACACGCCAACAAUCUUUGAAAAAAAAAAAAAAAAAUGUGCAUACAAGUAAUAUUUCUAAAAAAACAAAGUUUCAUACGUCGCAAUAUUUUUUAUUGAUGCCAUCAAUGUAUCAAUAUAUAAACGUAGGACCUGUUUUUAAUAGGUCAUUUACGUAACAACGGCAAAUUACAUUCGUUAUUAAUAAGAAUGAGAUGCCAAUGAUGUUAGCAAUUUAUAUAUUGCAACUUCCUGCGUAUAGUUUUUAUUAUCAUAAUUAUAAUCAUAAUCAAAAUUAUAAUGACGAUAAUAAUACAACAAUUGGAUAUA